ACCCAUUGGUUGCUGGAGAAACAGGCGGAUAGCUCUAACAACUACGGUGGCAGCUUUCUUAAGCUUGCACUAACUGGAAAAGUGGAACGUAUUACCAUGUGGCCAGGAUGAUCCUUCACUGUUGAAUUGUUUCGAUGUGUAAUCAAUGCUGUGUGAAAGUACAAGUAACGAAAUCUGACCUCCAAGCCAUUCCUCCGAGGAGAGUCCAGUCCCUCAGGGAGUAUUGGUCUUUAACUGACUACUCUGAACUGUGGCCAUGGUGCUCAAAAUAUUCUUCCCUCAAUGCUGUAACCGGGCAGACAGUGGGCUGCUGGUGGGGCAAUGGAUCCCGGGUCACAAUUCAGCUGUGGUCCUAGCAGUCAUCCACUACCCCUUCAUCCCCUGGCAGGUGAAGCAGUACAUCAACGAGAUACGGGGCCAGAGCCACGUGGAGCUGGCGGUGUUGGGUUCCUGGAGCAUGCCCAAGGAGGGCCAGGAGGGCAUGGAGAGCUUCCUCAGGGACCUGAGCACCAUCUUCCCCCAGCAACACUGGCUCCAGCUCAGCCGGCAGAUAGGCGAGAUAGGUUUCAGGUGUCAGGUGCUCCACCGAGACCAGAACGGUGAGGAGCAUAUGGAACUGACAAAGGAGGGUGAUGGUGAGGUAGGGGAUGGAGACAAAGGCAGGGUUAUCUUUGUCCACUAUGAGCAGAGGAAGGUCAUGCUGUCCCAGCUGCACCCUGUAGAGAAUGGCCAUUGUGACCCAAAGGCCAACCACACCUCAGAACUCCGCCUGGUGUUCCAGACGGUGGCCCAGGGAAAGCUGCUGUUCUCCCAGGACAAAUACGAUGACGGGCCACUAAAGCUGACCCACUGGCAGUCGGAGGGCCGCGAAGCCAGCAUCAUUGUGGAGCUGAUGAAACAAGCCUCGGUGCCCCUCUGUGUGCUUCUCACCAAGAUGCUGGCCCUCUGGGCCUGGCUCUGCAGCCUGAGGCUCCUGAACACGCGUCCGGUGAGUUUCGUCUCCAGUAAGCUGUCCACCUGCGUCCAGCUAAGCUACAGGACCGAGCACCUGCAGAAGCUCAGCUCCACAAAGAGAGCCGACACGCACGCACACUUCAUGAGGAAAGCCAACACGUUUGUGUCGUUCCUGGUGGACGUCGCCCUGGGCCUGCUGCUCGUGUCCUGGCUCUACAGAGAAAACCGAAUCGGCCAACUGGCCAAUGCGCUGGUGCCAGUUGCAGAUCACGUAGCUGAAGAACUGGAACAGCUUCUGCAGUGGCUGAUGGGAGCGCCGGCUGGCCUGAAGAUGAACCGGGCUCUGGACCAGGUCCUUGGGCGUUUCUUCCUCUACCACAUCCACCUGUGGAUCAGCUACAUCCACCUGAUGUCUCCGUUCAUUGAGAUGAUUCUGUGGUACGUGGGCCUGUCUGCCUGCCUGGGCCUGACCUUCGCCAUCUCCCUGCUGUCUGACAUGGUGGCGCUGCUCACCUUCCAUAUCUACUGCUUUUACGUCUACGGGGCAAGGUUGUACUGUAUGAAGGUCUACGGCUUGUCUUCUCUCUGGAGACUGUUCAGAGGCAAAAAGUGGAACGUGCUCCGACAGAGAGUCGACUCCUGCUGCUACGACCUGGACCAGCUGUUCAUUGGGACACUACUCUUCACCAUCCUGCUGUUCCUCCUACCCACCACCGCUCUCUACUACCUAGUCUUCACUCUGCUCCGCCUGGUGGUGGUGCUGUUCCAGGGCAUUCUCCACCUCAGUGUGGAUUUCAUCAACUCCUUCCCUCUCUUCGCCAUUGGCCUGAAGGUAGCCAGGCCCUAUCGUUUAGCAGCGGGGGUAAAGUUCCGGGUGCUCUGUGAGGAACCAGGCACACCGCUUCAUCUGAUGAUGGAGAUAAACCCUAUCAGCUGCAGCACUGUGGUGCAGACCUACCGGAUGCCCACCUACAGCUGUUACCCCAAAGACUCCUGGGGAGCACUGGUUAAGAAGCUGUUUCUAGGGGAGCUCGUCUACCCGUGGAGACACAAGGGAACCAAGAUUGACUGAAGAACACUAGUGAGGAGAUGAAUAUGAUGCAGAGAGGGUGAGGAAGGAGAUGUGGGAGAUAAAUGGACUUGAGAAGUAAUACUCAGGUUAGGUGAAGACUCGUGAGCAGGAGAGAGGGAGUGUAGGAGCACGAUAGAAAGCAGAGGGAAGUGUGUAUGUGUGUGGGGGGGGAGUUAAUGAACAGGGUUUCGUUUUACAAAUGAACAAACGUGUGUUGAUGUUACAGAAAAGGGGGACGGUGAUCGCUGACUAACAAUCAGGUAUUUAAAGCAUUCACUGCACACAGUUUCCCGCAGAAAAUGUGUUAGUUGAGGUGGUAGGGUGGGGUUUGCCGUCAGACCUGUGGGGGCCGGGGGGGGAUAGUUUGUGCGAUAGACUAAUUUGUUCCGCAGAGAAGGGAGACUGGCGUUUUGGUAUGGAUGGAAAGGAGAAAACAGGACAGAGUAAUACGGCGGAUGUCGCUAUAAAAAAAAAUAUAUAUAAAUUGUUACGACGUAGUUGGGGCGGCAGGCGUGUGUUGCUUAGGCGGCCGCCUUAACUGAAAAGUGCUGCGGGAAACCCUGCUGCACAGACACACAAACAUUUCAUAAUUAGACAAAACCAGUUUAAUGAUAUGCCAUUACGAAUGUGUAGAGAAAGGGUUUCAUGUUAGAGGCUUUGUCAACAAAAAAGUUUAUUGAAUAAAUAUUUGUGUAUUCAUUUUUUGCGUUUUCCUAUGCAUUUGCCAGUUGUCAUGACUUCCUGUUGUGUUCAUCAGUAAGAAUCAACAAUCCAAUUGUUCCAGUUGUUUGUGUGAAAUGCAUAGAAGAUAAUCCUCGUUUUAUCUCUCCUAACUUUCUAGGGGUAAGCCCUCCUGUACCCUUCCCUAGGUGUUCUAUAUAUAAUACUUUCACCAACACUCCAAUCGGCAGCUGGCGCUAUCCCUAGGAGAACUUAGGAUUUUAGGAGUGAUUUAUGGUUGUGAUUCACCUCUGUGUUAGAAACCCAUAGAUCAAUAUACUUGGCAUGGGCAGGGCAGAUGGUACAGGUUUGUCCCAUCAGGUGGCUGCUCACUUUGUCCUGGCCUCAGAGUGUGUCAAGUUGCCCUGGAAUCCAAUCAUAAUAAUAGCAAACCUUAAGUGAUAGUACACUUGUAUGCUGUGUAUUUCAAUUUUUACUUCUAAUUUGUCCUUUCCAUUAAAAUGUAGUUUUCUCCUGUGCCAAAGUGUGUUUACUUAUCUUAUUUUUAAAACAGAUGUUCAAUCAUUUAGGCUUGAAACAGAACCAUUAUCUUUUUUUUUUGGCAUUGUUGUUUCACUUGAUUUUGUAUUGUUGACUAUCAGUCUUAUCAGUGUUUGUUUCCACUACCAUUUGAAUAAACUAUGGAUUAUUUACAAAA